GCUAGGAUACCCAGCUUCCCCUCUGAGCGGAGGAGGCGGGAGGAGAGGCCUUGGUAGGGGCGUCGUCGAGGGGCGGCGGGGGUGUCGCUUAUCCUCUCCGCGGUCACCUGGCUGCGCCGGUGGGCGAGUUUUCAGAUUUCCCGGGAACUGUUCGCUCAAACUUGUUCGAGGAAGACUUCGUGAGCUAGCAGCGCCCUCCAUUCCCGCGGUUACGGAAACGAAGCAGGAGCUGGUCGUUUGUGUGCACGUGGGCGCGUUUUGUUGUGAGUGACAAAAGCUGUCGCCAUAGAGAAGGCUUCCCGAUCCAAAAAACGCGGAGAUCUGAAGAAGAGGUUGCUUUAGGAGGUGGCAGGCAGAGCCAUUGCACUCAACAACAUGUGUCCAGCAGACCCAUCCUUUGAAGGUCAGUUUUUAAAAGAUCCCUACGAAAGAUUCAUGCAUCAGCAUCUCCAGUACUAUGGCUAUUUCAGAGGUGAUGAACAGGCCCUUCAGAACUCCACUUUGCCUCUUGAGAACUGGCAGAAGAACUCUCAAUACAUGCUGAAGACAAGCAACUUCCAAAAGAGGGUUAGCCCAGAACUUAAUGAAAACAAGAAGCUACUCUGUUCACUUAUAACGGAGACAACACUUCUUAAAAGCAAACAACUUAUGCUUGACCAUCCAGAGGAUCCUAGUGUUCUGCGCUUACGAGAACCUCGGAACCUUUCUUCUCUUCCCAACUGUAAAGAUUCACUUUUGGCUCCACUCUGGCCAAUAGAAUGUGAAGUAAUCCAGGAUCACAUCCAUCACAUUGAGUGGGUUCCUGCUGAACCUGAACCUUUCUAUGAGCCAACAGGAAAUGAAAUGGCACCAGAAGUAAUGGGAGAGGAAUACGGAACUGUUGUUUACUACAUAGAUCCAGCCACCAAGGGUACCUUUUUCACCGGUUCCCGAAUUGGAGGGUCACAAGAUCCCAUGAAGUCAGCUGCAAUGAGCUUAAGAGGUCCAGAAGAUACUAAAUUGUUGUUUGAAUCACGCUUUGAGAGUGGGAACCUCCAGAAAGCUGUCAGGGUAGGCGAGUAUGAAUAUGAGCUCACAUUGCGAACAGAUCUUUAUACCAGCAAGCAUACACAAUGGUUCUACUUCCAAGUACAAAAUACCAGGAAGGAUGUCACCUAUCGCUUCACUAUUGUCAAUUUGAUGAAAUCCAAGAGUCUCUACAGCACGGGAAUGAAGCCUCUCCUGUAUUCUCAGAAGGAUGCCGAAUGUAAUGGCAUUGGCUGGAGAAGAGAGGGUAGCAAUAUCAAAUAUUACAAAUACAACACGAAGGAUGGUCAGACGUUGUAUUGCCUCACCUGGGCAGCGUGUUUUCCACACAGCCAUGACACCUGUUAUUUUGCUCAUUUCUAUCCAUACACAUAUUCUGACUUGCAGCACUACCUCUUGACUUUGGUAAACGAUCCUCUCCGUUCUCAGUAUUGCAGACUUCGCCCUCUGUGCAACAGUUUAGCCGGGAACACAGUAUACCUCCUCACCAUUACCAAUCCAUCCAAGAGCGCUGUUGCUGCCGCUGCAAAGAAAGCUGUUGUGUUAAGUGCCAGAGUGCAUCCUGGGGAGACAAAUAGUUCCUGGGUGAUGAGAGGCUUCCUAGAUUUCAUCUUAAGCGAUUCUCUUGAUGCUCAGCUCCUUCGGGAUCUUUUCAUCUUCAAGAUUGUGCCCAUGCUAAAUCCCGAUGGGGUGAUUGUUGGGAACUACCGUUGCUCACUGGCCGGAAGGGAUUUGAACAGGAACUACAGGACGGUAUUAAAGGAAUCUUUUCCCUGCAUUUGGCACACUCGGGCCAUGAUCAAGAGAGUCCUUGAGGAACGGGAAAUACUGCUGUAUUGUGACUUCCAUGGGCACAGCCGCAAAAAUAAUGUCUUCAUGUAUGGCUGCAACAAUAAACAUGCAUCAGAGCAGCUGCUCCAUGAACGGGUCUUUCCUCUUAUGCUGAGCAAGAAUAUUCCUGACAAGUUUUCUUUCAACAGCUGUAAAUUUAAGGUCCAGAAGCAUAAGGAAGGAACAGGACGGAUUGUGAUGUGGCGAAUGGGAAUAAUGAAUAGUUACACCAUGGAAUCCACAUUCAGUGGAUCAACACUGGGCAAUAAGUGUAACUCCCAUUUUACUUAUGAGGAUCUCAAAUCUCUAGGCUAUCAUGUCUGUGACACCUUAUUGGACUUUUGUGAUCCUGAUCGUUCCAAGUUUCAGCAGUGUUUGACUGAACUACAGAAGCUAUUGCAGCAGAAAAUCCAGAGGAAGCUCUCAGAGUUGGGCCUUGAACAAAACACAGACGGUACCUGGAGUGACAUCUCCCUGUCAGAUGUUGAAUCCAGCACAACUGGCUCAAAUAGCUCCCAAUCAGAUGGCCCCCCUGCACAUUUGCUCAGCAUGUCAGAGAAGGACUCUAAUGAGAAGAAGAAAAAGAAGAAAAAGAAACAUCUGCGAACAAGGAAGGAAAGAAAUGAUUUGCAUCAAAAAUAUGCUCUGAGCCGAACAUUAAAGCACCAGGAAGAUGUAGUGGCAAACUCAGGUUCUGCAACUCCUGGAAAGCUUCAUAGCCUUUCCAAGAGAUCAAGGAGAGACAGCAGUUCAGAAAAGAAGAACAAGUGGAUUAAUCAAGUAAUAUGUUCAUGUCAGGAGAAGGAUAUAGAGGAUUCAGUUUCAUCAUUAAUGCAAGCAGAAAACCCAGGUACCACUCAAGAGGAAUAUCCAGAGCCUCCCUUGGGUAACCAGAUUAUCCCUGUAGCUCAGUGUGACCCCAAGACCCAGGAUCCUCAACCCCUCAUCAUAACCAUGAUUCCACCACCACCAUCAGCACAGCGACCAAGCCUCAUAAAUGCACCCAUCAAACAGCAUCCACCCCCAUUCCAUGGGCAGCUCAAAGGAGAAUUCCCUGAGAAACAAAAUGAAGGCACCUCUGUUUCAUCGUUCUUUCCACCUGCUCUUCGAAUCAGACGGCACAGAUCCAUGUGGUGGAAUCCCGAAGUACCUUCUGUGACCUUAAUGCUGCGCAAAGGUCUUUCUUUGAAAUCUCAAAUCACUCAGGACAAGCUGUGGAGUCUGAGUCAAAGCAGAUCACAAGUACUUUCUAACCAAGAAUUCAAAUGGAAACCCCUGAAAAUUGACCGACUGCUGCUAGGAGUAGAGAAUGAGCGCCAUCAUGUCACAGUCAAGAGAGCACCAAAGGAGAGUGGUGGAAAACAUGCCUCGCUAGAGCCGACAGUGGCUGGUCCCAAGUCAAGGGCAGUGCUGUUCCCAUGAAAUCAUUGACUCUGAAUAAUUUACACUGUACACUACGGUUAAAAGGACUGCAGACACCGCAAGUAUUUUGCUACAGAGUCUGCUGCAUUUGGCAAAAGAAAAUUUGAAGCCUUUGUGAAGAGAAUGGUCAAUGUUCAUUCAUCUCUAUAGGUGUAUAUGUGAGAUUAACUGAUAAAAAAAGUGCAAGAUAACUCUUGAGUUCAAUAUUUCAGGGGUAACACAGGGUUCCCAACUCCAUAUUUUCUUUAUAAGUAAUAUUUGGGGAAGGGACUUUUGCGAGGGAAAACUGACAAAUGGGAGGGAGUGCUUAAUAUUGCUUGCUCAGAUUCUCCCCUACUGUCCCUUCUGCACAUAUUUUUUUCAUGGCUUUCCAGCUGGACUCUAAAACUAGAAAUGAAUAGAAGAGUGAUCUGUAGGGGAGAAUUGUGUGUACAUAAUGAGAUUAUAUACAAUUUUCCUCUACAAAUGCCUUCUCCACGCCCACACUUAUUUGUCAAAUGUGGGGCUGGGGAAGCGAUGUUUAACAGAUCAUUCUGUUCUUAUUUAUUUCUUUUUAAAAGUAUCCUUAAAUUGUGGGGGUUUUAUGUUAAAAUAUGAAAUCCCAGUAACUCUUGUGUGAAUUUUAGUUUUCAUAGGUAGUUGGGCAGUAGUGAGUACUGUUAUAACAGAACACAUUUUCUAGUACAAUAUUGGGGAUGGAUCCAGGCAAAACUUUCCACUAACAAAAAUCUCCACCGCUUCCCUCCUUCCCACUGCAGAUCCCCUCACGUUCUCCAGGCUCCCUGUCCUCCAGGAGUGGCAUUUAAUGGAGAUCAGUGGGUGGGAGGAGGUCGGAAAGUUCCACUGUAUUGAUGGGAAAUAUAGUCUGGAUCCAACUCGGGAACUGUGCAGGGAAUAACUGAAGUUGCAUUUUCAGAAUUGUAGUGGUAUGUCAGAUGUCCAGCUCUCAGGGAAGGUCUUGGCUACCUGACAUCCUGUCUUCAAUCAGCCUCUGCUAAUACUGUAUUUUGUAAUUUUCUUGGUGUCCUUUGUCUCAGAGAUGAAAUUGUAUGUUGUGUGAACAAUAAAGGGCUUAAUAAAA